CUGGGUUUGGUUUCUUUAUAGGUGAAAACAGUGAGCUGAAUUCAUUUAUAUUUAUUUACUAUUUCACCUUCUUCUAUCCACCAGCCUGAUAUUAUAGUUUAUUACAAAAGGGCCGUCUUUUGUCUGCUUUAGUUUUGUUAUUACUAUUUAUCCAUAUAAUACGGGUGACGAUGCAGACUGUAACCUCAGACAGCGCCCGGGAGGAAACCGUGACCGUGAGGAGAAGCGAGUCCGCGGACGCUGAAGAGAUAGACGGCCUCAUUAGUCCAUCUGCGCAGGCGGUGUUUGGAAGAGUCAAUGUUAUUCAUCUGCUAGAGAAAGCUAACCUGGCUGUGACUCUGACCAAUGAAAAGGGCGACAUCCUAGGCCACGCUUCCUUCUUUGAUCACCCUAUUGGAGAUCUGGUGGAUCAGACGCAGUGGGAAGCUUUCAUGCAGGAACACUUCAGUGUUGGACAAUGCACACCUUUCAACACACUUUUCCUCCACCUUUUUGUGGCACGGCCGAAUUUCACCACAGCAAGUGUGAAAGAGAUAAUGAGGGCCAUCUUUAACGCCAUUGCUGAGCUUGAAUACGUCUGUCUGCUCAGCCCACACGUUGGUAGUUUAGAGCCAGCGCUGGAUGAAAUAUUUGAGCCGUUGGAGCGUGUGACCGACCCCGGGCCUCAGUGCUUGGCACUGAUCUGCCACAGAAAAGCUCACUGUCCCCGGCCUAUUGUCCGCGCAGCCAGGGUUGAGGAUCACAAUGACAUUAUACCUCUGUUUGAUGAGCAGACAAACCUGCUGUCUAUCAGUCACCAGCCGUUCUUCCUCGCAGCGCUCAUUGAGGCCGAGGAGCAUCACACCGCUGUUUGCGAGAUUAAUGGAGUCGCCGUUGGCUUCAUCUGUGCCAGUGCUGAUGUCAACCUGAAGUGGCUCCUUGGCAGAUUUGAACUGAGUGAGUUUGACGGUUUGAUCAGAGAGCAGAAAACAAAACAUCAUAAAGUUCCUGCUCAGUCUGAUGAAGAUGAACAUAGGCGGGCUGCAGAGCAGCAGGAGGAGGCUGAGAUUUCAGAAAAAUCCAACACCUUCUGUAUUCAGAUCUUUGUUAUUGACAAGAAUUAUGAACUGAGAUCAGCGGACUUUAUUCCUUUUCUGUUCCAGGUUUUCCCCGACCAGAACUUCUGCGUUAUCACAGUUCCAAAUCUGUCCACUGAGUUCCCCCUGUUGCAGAACUUUAUCAGGGUGCCGUCAAUUCCCACCAGCUUGCCGCAACAUGAGCUCUAUAUCUUUCACCGCGAUGGAAUCAGGUCUUUGAGCGUGAGGCCAGCCGUGGCUCUGGACCGCUCUGCUGUCUCUGCUCUGGUGAAGGAUCUGAGUCUGAAUGAGUCUUUGCUGCAGGACCUGGACCGCUACUACGAGACUGGCUGUGACCAGGAUGCCGUUCCACUGCAGGCCUUCGUCGCCCAGGCAGAAGCAGAGUUAGUUGGGAUUGUCAUCAUCAAGGACGAGCAGGACAUCGAGUACAUCCGUGCUCACUACAACAUCGAGAGCUUCAUCUACUUUAGCCACCAUGGCUACGAUGAGCACGCUCAGAUACUCCACUUCGUCCUCAAAACCACCGUCCAACACUUCUCCAAGAACUUCUUUAAGGAGGUUCUCCGGCAGGCUCGCAAAUCCUGCCUGUACCUCCGAAUCUACCCCCCCUACCACAGCCAGGAGAAUUCCUGCGUCCACCAUCUGCAUUAUGUCCUCAACUGCGCCGUCCCCGUCUGCCCACGACGCCAGAUCAUCUACCCGCUGGAGGAGCUUGGCAUCAACGCCCCGUCUAGGCGGCUCACAGAAGACCAGGCACCGUUUGCUCUCAGCCUCGUCAGCAGAAAGUUGACCAUGGAGCCAAAGGUCACCAUUAAUACCCGGAUUGUGCUGGUGGGAGCUUCGGACACAGGUUUAGCUUUCCUCGAGGUGCUUUGUUCCUGCCCUCACCUGAGGUUCAACAGCCUGACCCUCAUUUCAACACACGGUUUCCCCGGCGACUACAACCGCGAGGACGCUGGAUUUCUGUCCACAAGUCAUGCCUACAGCAGCAGAGACUUGGCCCAGAUCCCAGUGCGUUCCUUCAUCAGAGUGGUGACGGGGAAGUUGGUGGGCAUCAGAAGGAAGUCCAAAUACGUCCUCUUGUCCAGUGGGGAGAAGGUGCCCUACGACCACCUCAUCCUCUGUACUGGCCUGCAGUAUCGGGUACCGUGUCCCACUGGUGUAGAUGUGAGCCAGCCUGUCACAAACAGCCAGCUGCACUCCACUCACAGCAGAUACACUGGGCCCGUGCCCUCCAACCUCUUCACCCUCAACGACCUCCACGACUGCAUGGCUGCUCGCCGCUGGCUCUGUGCCAACUUUUUGGAGCUGGAGGAUAACGCCAUCGUCUACGGAAACAACAUCGACAUCUACACCACCGUAGAGACUCUGCUGAGCCUCGGCAUUCGUGGAUCUCGUAUCCAUCUUGUCCUCUUGCCUCCUGUGCCAGGCGUCUCCAGCUUCUUGGACUCAUCUGUAGAAAAAGCUGCGGCGAUGGCCAUGGAGAACGCCAUGGUCCAGAUCCACCGUAACUGUGUGCUGGCCCAGUUUAACAAUGGCAAACAACCCGACCCGCUCACAUCGGCAUCGUUUACCACUGAUGCAGAGCCUCUCCAUCUGCAGUGUGGAGUGUUCAUCAACCUCUCCAAUAAAGGAGUCGACUACGACGCUUUCAACAGCUUCAACAAGUCCUUCCUGGUAUUUGAUGGCAGGCUUGUCAUAAACUCCAGCUUCAGAACCACCAAUUCGUCCAUUUGGGCUGCCGGGCCUCUCACCAAAUUCUCCCGCCGUUACUACAUAGAUGAGUGGACACAUGCCAACUUUAACUCCAAGGAAGUGGGCCAGGACCUGGCAGCCAUGAUGCUGCCCCUGUUUGAUCCAACCGUGGAGCCUGCUGAGGCGCCUCCACCUGAAACAGAUCGUCUGGUACUGCUGUACAAGCAGGCCAAGAUUCAAGGUGGUAAGCUUCCUGGAGGAUAUCACUACCUGCAUGUGACCAAACCAUCUCCAACAGACCUGACAGGCCCUAAAGUUAAACAGAUUUGCAUUAUAACUUGGAACCAGAGAUCAGUGCUCGUGUUCCUCCAUCCAAAGUUACAGGACAGAGCAAUUGUGACGGGACAGCCGGAGAGAGGCGACUACUUCUGCUUGCAUCUUGACUGCUAUGAGCUUGUGGAGACGCUCACCUGCUUGUCCCUGAAGCCUCUCCCCGUCUCCAAUUACCUGAGUCUCUACAUGAAACAUCAGCAGCUGCUGGGCCAGCUGCUGAGCUGCUACCAGCAGGGCCUGAUCCCUGAUCUGUACAGUUUCUUCACACAGAGCAGCUGUUUGGCCGUUUUCCACGACAGAUUCUCCGAUUUAGAGCAGGAGCUUCAGCAGACCCUCAAACUCAAGGACCUCUGCCCUCCAGACCAAUUGAAAGACGAGGACAGUCGAGCGGCUCUGAGGAGCAGUGCUGUGAAGUAUCUGAGUUACAACCGAAACCUGCUGCCCAUGUUCGCCUGCCCGGGCCAGCUCUGACCUCACGCCUGUUAAAAUACUAAAACAAAUCAGACUCUGUUUGAGGUGUGGUAACUGGUUUAUAUUGUGUAUGUGUCACUGGAUACCUCCAAUCAUUUGAGCUGGCUCAGGAACGCUGUGGAGACACUGUGUCUGCUAUGUGUAAAUAUAUUAUUAUAUCAGAUCUUUAGAGUCCUGGAGAAAUUUUUAAAAUCAGCAGCUCAGCACAAAAACACAGUCAGGAGUCACAUGACAUUUUUUAGUCCUGUUAUGUUCAGAGAAAGCAAACAGACAGUCAGCGUCUCCAAACUGGAUUACUCACACCAAAACACUGAUUAACACUACUGAUUUGUUUUCCAUCAAAUGGUUAAAAAAUAUGUGUUUUCUUAGAUUGCUUCGAUUAAUCAAUAUAAUCCAAAAAUUUUCCAUCAAAUAAAUGUUAUUUUAAUUGUUUUCAGAGAUAGAGAGAGAGAGUGGUCUAAUCCAGUAAAACUUUCUUUGUGUAAGAGUUCUGGCUAACUUUUAACGCUAUUACCAUUAAAUUAAUGCUUGCAUUCA